GAUCUUCCAGUGGCAUACAUACUAUUGGUUCUAAUAUUUUGAAAUAGUAAUCAUGGGAGAUGUAGUUGUUUCAACCCUUGUGAAGGAGAUAGUGGGGAGACUGACUUCUGAAGUUGUCAAAGAGUUUGGUCUACUUCUGGGACUCAAAGAUGAGAUUUUGAGGCUCAAGCAUGAUUUUGACCAGAUUGAAGUUGUGCUUGAAGAUGCAGAAGAGAAACAUAUCAAGGAAAAGGAGGUAGAAUUAUGGCUUAGAGAUCUUAAGUCAGCAUCCUUGAUGGUUGAAAAUGUGUUGGACGAGGUCUCAACUCAAGCUUUGCUACAACGUCUACACAAAAAAAGAGGCCUCAAAUACAUGGUAAGAGCCUACUUCUCCUCUGAUCAUAACCAACUUAUGUUUCGUGUUAGGAUUGCUCACAAAGUUAAGGCCCUAAGAAGAAAAUUGGAUGCCGUUGCAUCUAAGAGAUCUGAGUUAGGUUUGACCCCCGGUGCGAUAAGUCAUAUUGAUGUGGAUGUUGCACGUGAGAUGCCAGAUAGAGAAACAAGCUCUCUUAUGCAUGAUUCUUCAGUUAUCUAUGGAAGAAAUGAAGAAAUGGAGAUGGUAACUAGAACGAUAUGUGACAAAGAUAUAGGAAAAUAUGACAAUGGGGAGAUUCGGGUGUAUGGUAUAUGGGGUAUGGGAGGUGUGGGAAAGACUACUCUAGCUCAGUUAGUCUAUAACAAUGAAAGGGUGAAUCGAUAUUUUGAGUUAAGAUGUUGGGUGUACGUCUCGGAAAACUUCCAAAUUAAAGAGAUAAUGAAAAAAAUCAUAGAAUCCAUAGAUAAAUAUGAGUGUAAACUUACACAGUUGGAUACCUUGCAAUAUUCCCUUCAAAACAAGUUAAGGGGAAAAAAGUUUUUAAUUGUUCUAGAUGAUGUUUGGAUUGAAGAGGAUGAAAAAGCCAAGUGGGAGGAGUUAAGUAAAACAUUAAGUUAUGGGGCAGAAGGAAGUAUUGUUGUAAUGACAACACGAUCCAGUAUAACUAGUCAUAUGGUGAGUAAGGUUGGCGAAUUACAAUAUGAACUGGGAUGUUUAUCUGAAGAGGACUCAUGGUUAUUAUUCAAGAAGCUUGCAUUUGCACAAGGAAGAGUGGGAGGUGACGAAGUUGAGCUAGAGAAUAUUGGAAAGGAAAUAGUUGAGAAAUGCAAGGGGCUACCUUUGGCAUUGAAAUCUUUAGGUAGCUUAAUGUGGUCGAAAAGAAGUACAAUAGAAUGGAAACUUGUAAAAGAUAGCAGCAUAUGGGAAGUGGAAAAAAUUAGAAUCUUGCCUGCUGUUUUGAAGCUAAGCUAUGAUAACUUGCUUCCACAUUUGAAGAGGUGUUUCGCUUAUUGUUGUAUGUUUCCUAAAGGCUGCAAUAUGGAAAAGGAUGUAGUGAUUUAGUUGUGGGUGUCAAACGGUUACAUUCCACCGAGAGGAGAAAUAAGCUUAUAUGUGCUUGGGGAAGAAAUAUUCAAUUGUUUGGUUUGGAGGUCCUUCUUUCAUAUUGUUAAGGACAACAAAUUAUGGGGCGAUAGAUAUAAAAUGCAUGAUCUGAUACAUGACAUGGCACAACACGUGAUGAGACAUGACUUUUUAGUUAUAGAGCUUGCGUGUAACGAGGUUAAAUUCCCAAAUGAGGUGCUUCAUUUAAGCUCGUCAUGUCCAGAGUUUUUCUUUUCACACCAGAAUUUAAAAAACUUAACAUUAAGGUCAAUCCUAAUGUUUGGAGAGAUUAAUGAGUCUGGUAUUAGCCAAAUUUUCAA